AUGCCCGAACAAAUGAAUGCACUGGCUCCGAAGCACGUCAAGGUGGAGUCACAGCUUCAGAAGGAUAACGAGCGGCAUCACCCUAAGGGACAAGGAAAAAUCAAAUUAAUCCUAUAUGCAACCGUCUUGCCUGCUAAUGGAUUUGCCCGUAUGACCUCGACACCCUUCUUGCCAUCAGAUCAUUUGGACUUGUCCUUGAUAGGAAUCCCCUCCCCGUCAUCACUGCCUGCCAAGCAGGACGAUGCACUGCUCAAGUCACCUCACUACACUGAGAUCAUGCAGAACCUGCACAACAUCUUCGGACUCAAGUCCUUCCACGACUCAAUGGUGCUCAUGCCCACAGGUGGCUUGGUUUGCAAGGACAGCAAGACAUGGAGCACGAUGGUCGUUGUCAUUGGGUCGCUACUAGCACUGAUGCAGGACCAGGUGGCAGUGCUACAAGACAAGGGCAUCGACGUCGCAUUUUUCAACUUGGAGCAGACACAUGAGGAGGUGGAUGUUUGCCGGCGGCUGCUCCAUCGGAUCAGGCGGCAGUGGCCAAACUUGAUACACAUGAUGCCGGAGAAGCUGAAGCACAGCUCGGCGUUGAUUUCCUCGACGAUUUCUGCCAAGUUCUUGCAAUCGAUGAAAUGCCUGAACCUGAACUACGAGGCGUGGCCGAAGAAGAAGGUGGCACUUCAGGAGAUCGUGCAGUUUAUCAAGGAGAGCUACACCGGUGAGACCGGAAUCAUCUAUGUGCACAGCCGCAAGUUGUGCAAGGAGAUCAUGUACAGGUUGAAGGAAGAACAUGACCUCGAUGCACAACUGCAAUUUGCGAUUCAUCACGACUUGCCUAGCGAUCUCGACUGUUACUACCAAGAUCUAGAGACUGGACACACUGGUAGGGGUGGGCAGCCUGCCCAUUGCAUCUUAUCCCAGGAGGACGCCCUACAUGCUGUAGUCUAUCAAUACAGUGAUUCCACCAUCAGGCAAUGGCGAAUCCACAACAGCAAGGAGAUUAUGAGACUGAGAGGGCCCACCAAGCCGGUCAGCUAG